AAGUCUUCCAAACUAGUGGUGCCGAUUGUUCGCUUGUAUACCUCAUAAUUAAUCUUCGUACCUCAUAGAUUUUGAGUUGCAAAAAUUGGCAAGCUUAUUGAGAACUUUGGAGUAUAUUUAGGAAAACCAAUCGAAAAAUUCAACUGCAAAUUGUAAUGAUUAAAACAAAAAUCUAAAAUCAGGUUAUCUAAUCAACGGCUAGAAUGAACAGUCUCCUGCAUCUCCGGCCAAUCCUUUCCUUCCACCAAACCAGAACUUCAGCUUCACCAGCGGCGCACGAUAGCCUCGCCGCCGGCGACCUCGACGGCGCACCGCCGCGCCUACAGGCGAGCAGCACAACCCCCAAAAAGAAACCCAAAAGGCAACAAGACGACUACCACUCCACCCUUAAAGCCCUCAACUCCAAAGGCCGUUUUCCAAGAAAAUCUCUUGGGCAGCACUAUAUGGUAAAUGGGUCUGUCAAUGAGGAGCUAGUGGCGGCGGCUAAUGUGAAAGAAGGUGACUUAGUGUUAGAAAUUGGGCCAGGAACUGGUUCUUUGACUAAUGUGCUUGUGGAAGCUGGUGCAACUGUUCUUGCUAUAGAAAAGGAUCCUUAUAUGGCAUCACUGGUGAGGGAACGCUUCAACGGAUUAGGCUGCGUGAAGGUUGUGGAAGAGGAUUUUACACGAUCUCACGUACGGUCUCACAUGUCCUCGUUUCUGUCAGCGAACGGCCCAGCAGAUGGAAAUUCGUCUACUGCAAAGGUGGUAGCAAACAUACCUUUUAACAUAAGCACUGAUGUGGUGAAACAGCUUCUUCCAAUGGGAGACAUCUUCUCAGAAGUGGUUCUUUUACUUCAGGAUGAAGCCGCGCAACGCCUCGUGGAUUCUUCGUUGAAGUCAUCCGAGCAUCGGCCCAUCAACGUUUUCGUGAACUUCUAUUCAGAUCCUGAAUACAAGCUCAAAGUGGGAAGGUCAAAUUUCUUCCCCCAGCCAAAGGUUGAUGCUGCGAUUGUCGCGUUUAAAGUGAAAGAAAGCGCGGAUUAUCCACACGUUUCCUCUCACAAGAGCUUCUUCUCAAUGGUGAAUUCUGCAUUCAAUGGAAAGCGUAAAAUGCUGCGAAAUUCUCUUCAUCACAUUUGCCCUUCGCCUCAAAUCGAAGAGGCUCUAUCUGCGAUUAAUCUCCCUCCCACUUCGAGACCGGAAGAGCUCACGCUCGACGAUUUCGUGAAACUGCACAACUUGAUCGAGAAUCAUAGCUGUGUCGUUGUUCGAGAAUAGUAAAUUUGAAAGAUCUGCAGAGAAUUUUGUGGAGUAAUUCACAACACGAUUUACAGUAAUUAAAUGGAGAAAUUAAAUUGUUAAGCAUGAAA